AUGCUCUUGAUCACCGUGCCCCACGCUCCCGCCGGCUUACUUCCAAAUCAGCCUCCGCUCAUCGCCGCUCACGACGUGCUCUGCGGUUGUCACGCGCACUGACUUAUUGACUGCGUCCCCCAAAUACAUAAAUCCGGAUUCCGGACUGAGGUUAAUCCGCGGUUCUGAUGUAAGUCCUUUGAGAAAUCCAUAACGUUUUUGUGUUCCUGCCGGGCCCGGGUCAUCCUGGAUUAGCCUGGAUGCCCUGAUACGGACGGUUCUCGCUUAACGGUACUCAUAUGGGAAGGGAAGCCUUCCUCCAUCAGCCGGAUGUCAUAAUGGUACUAUCGGCGCAUGGAAGAAAAGCGAUUAAUAUCCAUUCCUUCUAGCAACCUUGACACUGAUAUCAGCCCAUCUGUCUUUUCACCUCUAUCAUUCCCUAUAUCCCUCUUUUACCAAUCUGCACUACUAGGCCCGCGACGUACUUCCAUGUCAUCGUCGAAAAGAAGAGCGCUACUCAGCAUCGAGUUCAUUAUAGUUGGAGCUGGUGUUGCGGGUCUGGCUACCGCGCUCAGAUUAUGCCAGGCAGGGCAUCGUGUUCGUAUUCUAGAUAAAGCUUUAGGACCAAACCGGCGCGCUGGUGGUACACAUCUCCCGCCCAAUGCUACUAAAGUUUUGGUGGAUUGGGGAUUCAAGGACCAGCUACUGAAACACGCACUCAGCACGCGUGCUAGCAAAUUCAUUUCAAUCGACACUGGAGAAGUCAUAGGAUGCCUCGAAUGGAAGGAAGACGUUCUUCAGGAGACAGGAGCGGAUUAUAUGGUUAUAAGUUAUCGCGAUCUCUACGACAUGCUGUAUCGUGAAGCGAUCGCCGCGGGUGCCCGUAUCUCAUUCAACACACCAGUUGCCAAAGUGCACGCGAACCCGCCCCGCGUCCAACUUCAGGAUGGCACCGUCCUCAAAGCAGAUAUGAUCAUUGGGGCUGAUGGCCCACGGAGUACAGUCCGCGAGGCGGUCGUAGGGUGGCCAAGUGAAGAGGUGCCAGAAGGGCACAGCGCUUACGUUGCGAUUAUACCUCGGGAUGUCCUUCAAAACGACCCUGAGCUCAGCGACCUGACGCAGUUCCACGAAGAUAGACCUGACUACCCGAUAUGGACUGGAGACUCUAGACAUGUCAUCGCCUUCACGGUGGCAGGAGGGACUGAAUUUGCCAUCCAUGCUUUUUUGCCUGACAGCGAAGUUGAUGGCAUUGGUGACGAAGACGGUUGGGACGUGAUAGUCCCCCGUGAACGGCUCCCUUUUCAUUUCGAACCGAAGUUGCAGCGCUUGCUGGAUAUACCUGCUACCUAUCAGAGGGUGCGACUUUUCCAAAGAGAAUGUGCCGAAGAAUGGACAGACGAAUCAGGAAGGCUGCUCCUCAUGGGAGAGGCCGCCCACCCUUUAUAUCCUUGCGUUCUACAAAGUUGCAGUAUGCAAAUAGAGGACGCUGAAGUGCUCGGCACCCUCUUCUCUCGAUUACGAGCCUGGGAUCAAUUACCUCACUUGGCCGAAGCGUUCCAGGAGUUGCGAGAACCACGUACUCGCGCCAUAUAUGCAAAAGAGACGAAGGCUUUUGAUUUAGUAUGGGUGCCCCCUGGGCCACAACGUGAUGCACGAGAUCAGGCCCUCUAUAGCAUGAUGGUCGAAGGGCACAAAGGCUGGGACGAGACCAAGAUGCGCUGGCAGUGGGACGAGAUUUGCGAGGUCUUUGGCUACAACGCGCGAGACGCAGCUGAAGACUGGUGGGUCAUGUGGGGUAUGUUGAGGGAGAGAAGUAUAACAAGGGAUGGUCAUUGUCCUUCCAGUUAUGCUGUGCCUUUCUGUAUGGGGUCAACCGUCACACAUUAUGCAGAGCCGGUCGUGUUGCGAAACUGAUCUCCGGUCAGUGUCUAGUUAUCAGUAAAUGUGUCAUGCAGGUAGAAGAAAUGGAGGAACCAUUAUACCCCACCCCCGCUACGUAGUACUGUAUACGUAUACCCCACAUUUUCUCUAUUAUCAUCCUUUGCAUAUCAUUCCAAGGGUCUAUAUUAGAUUUCCCAACCGU